UUGGGUUGGAAAGUGUACUCUUCACAAGCUCUUGUGCGUGUUCAUAUCUAUCUAUCUAUCUAUCUAUCUAUCUAUCUAUCUAUCUAUCUAUCUAUCUAUCUAUCCCCCUCCUUUCUGCCCAAAAAUAAUGUUAUGCUAACCCCACCCCCCCUCUCUCUCUCUCUCUUUCGUUUUUAUUUUCUUUCUUUCUUUCUUCCUUUCUUUCUUUCUUUCUUUCUUUCUUUCUAUUCUUUAUCUAUCUAUCUAUCUAUCUAUCUAUCGAUCGAUCGAUUAAGCUAUAUAUAUAUAUAUAUAUCACCUUCUUUUCCUUCUCUCUCUCACUCUCUUUGUCUCAUUCCCUCACUGUCUCUCUCUCUCUAUCGUUCUCGCUCUCUCUCUCUCUCUCUCUCUUUCUUUCUCUCUCUCUCUCUUUCUGACACACACACACACUCUUUCUAUCUGUGUUUAUAUCUCUCUUAUAUUUCCAUACCUCCCUCUUUCUCUAUCUCUCUUUUUCUAUCUCUCUCUGCCCUUUCUCUCUCUCUCUCUCUCUCUCUCUCUCACUCACUCGUUAUCUAUCCUUCUCUCUUUUUUGAUUUCUCUAUCCCGUUCUACUUCUCUGUUCUUUUCUCACUUUGUCUAUUUUUUUCUCUCUCAUUACUUCUUUCUUUUUCUUUAUCUGUUUUCUGUUUCUCUUUCUUUCUCCCUUUUUCUUUUUUCUCCUCUUCAUAUAUUGCUCUCUUCUUCUUCUUCUUCUUCUUCUUCUUCUUCUUCUUCUUCAUAAUCAUCAUCAUAUUCUUCUUCUUCGUUUUCCUCCUCUUCUUCUUCUUCUUCCUUUUCCUCUUCUUCUUCAUCUCUUUCCUCGUCAUCUUCCUCAUCAUCAUCUUCUUCCUCCUCCUUUUCCUCCUCUUCCUCCUCUUCUUCUUCCUCCUCCUUUUCUUCUUCCUCUUCCUUUUCUUCUUCUUCUUCUUCAUCAUAAUCAUCAUCAUAUUCUUCUUCUUCGUUUUCCUCCUCUUCUUCUUCCUUUUCCUCUUCUUCUUCAUCUUCUCUUUCCUCGUCAUCUUCAUCAUCAUCUUCUUCUUCCUCCUCCUUUUCCUCUUCUUCCCCCUCUUCUUCUUCCUCCUCCUUUUCUUCUUCCUCUUCCUUUUCUUCUUCUUCUUCUUCUCUAUCCCACUUAAUCUAUCUUCUUUUAUCUCACCUCUUCCUCUAUUUCUUUCCCUUCCCCGUUCUCCUUCUCGAUAUUUUCCAUUGCUCUCUUUCUCUCUCUCUCUCUCUCUCUCUCUCUCUCAAUCUUUCUUUUUCUUUUCUACCUCUCUUCUACUCAUCUUCGUUUUCUUCUUACAUUCUUUUUCUUCUUCUUCUUCUUCUUCUUCUUCUUCUUCUUCCUCUUCUUCUUCUGCUACUACUACUACUACUACUUCUUGUAUUUUCACUUUUUUAUUUGUUUUCUUUCUUCCUGAAAUUGUUCUUUUUCCUACUCUGACGUUUUUCUUUCAAUCUUUUCUCUUUCCUUUCUCUAUUUCUCUCUUUUAA